AUGAGUGAAAUAUUCAGUAUUGAUGUCGGGGACAUUUUGCGUCUCAUGCUUCGGGCGAGAGCGUCAGAUACCGUCGAUACUCUGAGUGACUUGGACAAUAGCAACGAGCGCCGACGAAGGGCCAUUGAAAGCAUACUGUUCUCCCGCAGAUUCAUCCUGAUCUACAACAUUGUACUUGUAGGCCUACUGGCUUGUUUCACAGCCUGGUAUUGGGGUUCUAGGGUCGCCAGACUUCGACGACGUAGACAUGCUUUCUCUCGUUCGCCACCCAGUCAACCUACAGCUUCGAACCUGAUUCGCAAAGACGACAACGAAGGCGAAACAAUACCACUCCUCAGUCAAAGAAAGGUCCAUGUUGACCGUCACAAAAAGGUCUCGGCAGUUGCGUCGGUCCGAGCUUGGUUGAUGUAUCAGCCUUCCAACAUACCAUACGUCCACAAAGUUCUUCCUUCGAAUAUCACCACUAUUGGUAUCCUGAUUUUACUUGGUAUCAACUUGUUCUUCCUGCUCUACAAAGCUGAGCUGUCGGUCGCUACGGCAUUCAUCUUCGCCGAUCGAGCUGGCUUGCUAUUUGUGGCUAACCUACCACUUCUGUACCUUCUCGCGGCAAAAAAUCAGCCACUCAAGGUACUUACUGAUGCUUCGUAUGAAGGUCUUAACAUUUUCCAUCGUCGACUAGGCGAAUGGAUGUGUUUGCUUGCCCUCUUACACGCUGGUAGUAUGGUUUUGGUCUGGUAUACGACCCUCUCAACCCGUCUCAGCUUUUCGAGAUUUCUCGCCUUGCCCAUCAUCUGGCUCGGGCUCCUUGCAUUCCUCUCUUACGAGACGCUGUAUCUUUCCUCGCUUGGUUCAUUCAGGAAGAAGUGCUAUGAAGUGUUCCUCGGGCUCCACAUCAUCCUUCAGGUCGCUGCGCUCGCCUUCCUAUGGUUCCAUCACCACAACAGCCAACCUUACGUGCUGGUAGCCUUGUGUAUCUUUGCAGUGGAUCGCCUUAUUUUCAGACUGAUUCUCAAGUCAAGAACAGUCAAGGCUGACCUAUCUGUCUUGCAAGAUGAGGAGACUGUGAUGUUGAGUUCAAACUGGCAGUUACCUCGUUCUCCCUGGUGGAGAUCUUUUGGCAUCAAGGAGGGCUGGAAGCCCGCCGAACACGUCUUUCUUACCGUACCAGCCUUGUCACACAAACAUUUCGUCCAAGCACAUCCUUUCACCAUCGCUUCUGCCGCUCCCACCAGCGCUGACUCACAUGCCUGGCUCAACUUUCUGAUACGAGCUCAGGACGGCUUCUCGCGAGAUCUCCUCCGCUACGCAGAAUUCCAUAGCUCUGUGAAGAUCCGUGUUGACGGUCCCUAUGGAUCGUCACACGCCCUGGACAUGCUUCAUGACAACGAAGUUGCUGUCGUCGUGGCUGGUGGCUCAGGUAUCGCUGUAGCCUUCCCUCUCGUCUGGAGUUUGCUUACCGCAUCUUCACGGGAUCCGGAGCCUGAAAGCAACAGGCAGUCUAAGUCUCGAGUGUCCCUAAUAUGGGUGGUUCACGAUAAAGAGCAUAUUGACUGGAUCUCACAAGAUAGGCUCGAUGAGCUACGCGAACUUGGUUGUAGCGUCAUGAUACCUCCACCAACACGCAAAACAGGGAGGCCAGAUCUGCCACAUCUUCUCGAAACCGCCGUGAAUGCAUGGAGCCAUGAGAUUGCAGACCCUAGGGUUGGUGUGGUUGUGGCAGGACCAGACGGCAUGAACAGAAGCUGCAGGAAUGUAUGUGCUAGUCUUGUGAGUCAGGGUACUCGGUUGGAGAUCUCGGUAGAGAAAUUCGGUUGGUGA